GUCUGUAUUUUAGUUAUUAUAUUCUUGUUGGAUAUAUGAUUUCCAAAGAUACUCUCCCAGUCAGCAGCUUGCCUUUUCACUUUUUUGGUCAAGUCUUUGGAUGAACAAACAUUUUAGAUUUUUAUAAGGUCUCAUUUAUUUAUUUUGUCUUUUAUUGUUUGUGGUUUUGUUAUCAUAUUAGAUAAUCCAUUGUUGAAAGCCAGGCCUGACAAUGUUGCCCCUGCUUGUUAAGAACUUUAUGGUUUUAGUUCGCACAUUUAGGUCCUUAAUCCAUUUUGAAUUUGUUGUUGUGCAUUUAGUGUCUCUUUUAAUUGUACCUCACUAGACUGAAUGUCUUUGAGGACAAGGACUGUCUUUUUCCCAUUGUAUUCACAGCAUCUAGUACAUGGUAGACAUGAAAUAAACAUUUGAAUACAUCAGCAAGAAGUUACUUAAUUAAAGAAACCCAUGAAGAGCUCAGUCACAACUCAUCUUUUCAACUAUUAUAAAACCCACAAUUUUAUUCAUAUGCCCCCACAAUCUCAUUGGUCAUUGUCUAGAAAAUUCUCAAAAUCCAUAUAAUUCUUAGAUAUCAAAUCUGGAAGAGGUACUUAAGAACUAUCUGUUGAGAAGUUACCUGCCUAAGUAAAAUGAAAAGGUGAGACAUAAACUUCUUUGAACGGAGAAGAAUCCUUCUGUGACAAAUCAGGAUUGUGGAAGGUAAGGAAACAAAAACUUAUAAAAACACGUGGCUCUUAUUUUUCCUAACUUUUGUUCCAACCUUCCUUCUCACUUCCUUAGGAACUUACAGGACUAGGGGCAGGCGGUGUCAGACUGAGGAACCUAUCCUAUUUUUACCAACCCUGAUUCUACCCUGCUCCUAGAAGGGCGUGGGCCCAGGUUGUUAUUUAUGCCUUAAAUCAAGAAUGGGAAUAAACUGCUAAAAUGCUUAAAUAAAAAUGUCUUAGUUUGUAUCUUUCAAAAUCAAAGUAACGCAUCCAAAAUUCUGUAGAAAAAACUUGUGGUGUAAUAUUUUUUAUUCUAUUAAUUUAUAUACAUAUACAUUGUAUUAGUUUUCUAUUGUUGUGUAGCAUACUACCACAAAUUUAGUAGCUUAAAACACCUAAAUUUAUUAUCUCACAGCUUCUGUGGUUUCAGGACGCCUGGUACAGGUUAACUGUUGGGUCCUCUGCUCAGGGUCUUACCUGGCUGAAGCUGUGAUUUCAUCUGAGACUCAGUCCCCUUCCAAGCUCACUGGUUGUUGGCAGAAUAUCAUUCUUGCGGUUGUAGUACUGAGAUCCCAUUUUCUGCUAGCGGUUGACUGCAAUUGCUCUCAGUUCCUUGAGGCUGCCCUCAGAUUCCUGCCACCUGGCUCCCUCUGCAUGCCUUCUCACAACAUAUAAUAGUUUACGUCUUCACGGUUGAUAGGAUCUCUUCAGGAAGUACUCAGUCCCUCUUUUAAGAACUUUCUGUGAUUAAGUCAGAGGAAAGGAAACCUGACCCCCUUGACUUCUUUUUUUCCCAGCCGGCUACUUAUACUCAGUGAUUUGUAAGAGUGCUACUCAAAUAAUCUGCUUUGAGUAUAGUAGUUGAAAGCAGAUAGCCUUAUUAAAAGACUGCAGAAGUACUUACUGUGGAAACUAAAAACGUAAAAGGAUUGCAAAAAAAAAGUAUUAAAUCUACAUAGAGGAACAGACCAUUUUGAGGGAGGAGAGGAUUGCUUUAAAGUGAUAAAGCAAUGAGUGAGGAGUCAGGAAUGUGAAAUACACCUCUUCCUAUGAAAUCUUUUCUUUCUCUUAAACUCUCAGAUAAACUCAAGGGUCCUACCUCUGUUCUAUUGUUUGCCUGUAUUGCAUUUGAAAUCUUAUCCUACAGUUGGCUGUUUGUGUCUUUUUACUACUAGAAAAAACUUGACAGCAACCACAUUUUAUCUUUCAUCCUCUUUCCUAACAUAACUUCUGGCUUGUAGGAGGAAAUGAGUAAAUAUUUCUUGAUUCAUCAGUGCAUACGUCUUCACUGUGGUAAAGACAAUUAACACAUUCAUGUUUGUAGUACAGAGAAGAACUAGCUCAUGUCCGAAAUAUUUUGUGUAGCAAACGAAUAAAUUCUAAAGUACUUGCCCUCAUGUGUUUUGUUUUUACUCUUAAAGGGAGGUCCUCAGAAGUAUUUUUACUCCUACCAAGAGGCACACUUAAUCUGUUUACCAGCCUCAUAGCAAGCCAGAAACAAAAAAUUAUAAAGGGGCUAAAGGGGUUAGCAUAAUAACAUGAUCAGCACUCCAUGAUCUAGUCUCUGCCUACCUCUGGCUACUUCUUUACUAUCCAGCCAUACUGAACAUUUUGCAGUUUCCUGAUGCUCCUCUUUCUUGCCAGUUAACAUCUUCAUUGUACCCAGUGUCUGUCUUUACCUUAGUACUCAUGUAAUACAUUGAUUUACUUUUUUUUUUUUUUGUAGUAUAUACUUGAAGGUAGGAAACCAUGUCUGUUCUGUUUAGAGCCUGUUACAAAAAAGACAAAUGUGUCACUAAGUGAAUGCAUGAGGCAUUGAAAUUCUAAAAUGAGACAGUCUUAAAGAGCAUGGUUUGGAGUCUUUAGUGUUGGGACAAGCAGUCUACAAACCAUAACCUCCGAGGACAAUUCACUGUAACAACACAGUGGAAUGGGUGAUGUUCAUGAUGGUAAUUAAGUCAUUAAAAAUGCUACAGGUUUGAACCCCUCCUGAGAAUUUGCAUUCCCUCCCCAGCUAUGCUGAAUCAGAAUCUACAUUUUAACAAGAUCCCCAGGUGAUUCUUAUGUAUAAUAAAUUAUGAGAACCACGGCUCUACUAGUGGUUCUUAGAAUUGGUUCCUAAGCAGCAGUAUUAGCAUAGCCUGGGACCUUGUUAAAAAUGCAAAUUCUCAGCAGAGAUUCUAACCGGAUAUGGGCCCUUAUAAGGGGAUUAACCCACAAUCAAGUCAAGCAUUAACGGCAUGCAAUCAUUUACUUUGGGGCUUAUGAUCUUGUCCUUUAUUCUUUAGGAAGAUAGCUGGGUUUGUUUGAAUAGAGCUGAGAUCUCCAGACUCUUGUUUUUCAAAACUAUGAUUAUUAUAGAAGUUUGUCACAAAUAUUCUCAAAUCUGUCAUCUUUCUUUGCAUGAUUAUUUGGAAAGUUAAUUAAAAAAUAGAACGAGAAAAUAUUAAUCUUAGUCCAGGCAGACACUAAUCUUUCUGUGCUUAAAAUAUAUGAUUUUAUUUUGGCUUUUCUUAACAUGAAGUCUGUUGUUUAGGAUUUCAGAGUUAACACCACCAACAAAAAAAGAUAGCAGUAGGUAUUACCUAGGAAACAGGAAGCUCUUGUGUUCUUGAGCAGUGCUGCUUUGCCUUUAAAAAAAAAAAAGUUUUUGUAAGAUUGAUUCAUUGCCAGAGGCAACCUUUGCUACCCUUUGUUUAUAUGUUUACAAUUUUUAGUUUUCAGUCUCUGCUAACAGAAUCAUAUAACUAGAAAACCCAGACUAUCUUUCAUAGCCAUGAUUCUCCACAUUGGUGCAGCUAGCCAUGAACUAUCCUUUUCUUCUCCCUCUUUUUCCCAGAUUUCUCCCGGGGCCAAUUCAGCACCUCUACCUGGCCAUCCUAACAAGGUGAUUUGUGAAAGGGUGAGACUUCAGAGCCUGUUCCCUCUCCUCCCAAGUGAUCAGAACACUACCGUUCAAGAGGAUGCUCACUUCAAAGCUUUCUUCCAGAGUGAAGAUAGUCCAAGUCCCAAGAGACAGCGCCUCUCUCAUUCAGUCUUUGAUUAUACAUCAGCAUCACCAGCUCCCUCACCACCAAUGCGACCAUGGGAGAUGACAUCAAAUAGGCAGCCCCCUUCAGUUCGACCAAGCCAACAUCACUUCUCAGGGGAACGAUGCAACACACCUGCACGCAACAGAAGAAGUCCUCCUGUCAGGCGCCAGAGAGGAAGAAGGGAUCGUCUGUCUCGACAUAAUUCCGUUAGUCAAGAUGAAAACUACCACCAUCUCCCAUAUGCACAGCAGCAAGCAAUAGAGGAACCUCGAGCCUUCCACCCUCCGAAUGUAUCCCCCCGUCUGUUACAUCCUGCUGCUCAUCCACCACAGCAGAAUGCAGUAAUGGUUGACAUACACGAUCAGCUCCAUCAGGGCACAGUCCCUGUUUCUUACACAGUAACAACAGUGGCACCACAUGGGAUUCCACUCUGCACAGGCCAGCACAUCCCUGCUUGCAGUGCACAACAAGUCCCAGGAUGCUCUGUGGUUUUCAGUGGACAGCACCUCCCUGUCUGUAGUGUGCCUCCUCCAAUGCUUCAGGCAUGUUCAGUUCAGCACUUACCAGUACCAUAUGCUGCGUUCCCACCCCUUAUUUCUAGUGAUCCAUUUCUUUUACAUCCUCCUCACCUUUCUCCACACCAUCCUCCUCAUUUGCCACCACCAGGCCAGUUUGUCCCUUUCCAAACACAGCAGUCACGAUCGCCUCUGCAGAGGAUAGAAAAUGAAGUAGAACUCUUAGGAGAACAUCUUCCAGUAGGAGGUUUUACUUACCCUCCAUCAGCCCAUCCCCCAACAUUACCUCCAUCAGCUCCUUUGCAGUUCUUAACACAUGAUCCUUUGCAUCAGGAGGUGUCCUUUGGAGUACCUUAUCCUCCAUUUAUGCCUCGGAGGCUCACAGGACGUAGUAGAUAUAGAUCCCAGCAGCCAAUACCACCUCCCCCUUAUCAUCCCAGCUUACUACCAUAUGUGCUAUCAAUGCUUCCGGUGCCACCUACAGUGGGCCCAACUUUUAGCUUUGAAUUGGAUGUGGAAGAUGGAGAAGUAGAAAAUUAUGAGGCCCUGCUAAACCUGGCAGAGCGACUGGGAGAGGCCAAGCCUCGAGGACUUACUAAAGCAGAUAUUGAACAACUUCCUUCUUACCGGUUCAAUCCUAACAACCACCAGUCAGAACAGACUUUGUGUGUAGUAUGCAUGUGUGAUUUUGAGUCAAGGCAGCUACUUAGAGUCUUACCCUGUAACCACGAGUUCCAUGCCAAGUGUGUCGACAAAUGGCUUAAGGCAAAUCGAACUUGCCCAAUUUGCCGAGCUGAUGCUUCAGAAGUGCAUCGGGAUUCAGAAUGACCAACCUAAGAGCACAAAUAUAGUUUGGGUGUUCCUUAUCACAUGUAUAUACGGACUAUCCAUUGAACUUAAUCUGUGUGGCUUCCAGCCCUCACUUUACCAAAAGGGUCAAUGGACCUUUCUUUGCACUGUGUGACUUAAUCAACUAUAAAAGCUUACAAUUAGUCUUCACAAUUAUGGGAUUGUUAUACUAACCGUGUGAUUGGAACUCCAAAGACUUUCUUUAGCUUAAUUUUGUGUGUGCACUAACAUUCCCUGGUUUUUGUGUGAUCAUUCCGAGUGUUGCUGCAAGAUUACAGUGGACGUGAUCUUUUAGCAUGUGCUUUUAUAAAGUGGUAGCUCCAGAUGAUAUAGCAAUCUACCUUAUAUAGAGCCUUCAGAAACUGUGAGUGGAAAUGAAUGCAGUGUAUGCCUGUUGGCGAUAAAUGUCUCUGUAUGAGAGAGAGAAAGUGUGUGCAACUACUUGUGAGAGGGCAUGGUAGCUAAUGUGUGUAUGAGAUCCUAUAUACCAGCAUGUACCAAGAAUGUGUGUGUAGUUUUAAUUAUGCUGCAAUGUAUAAUCUGGUGUGUUAUUUAAACAGCACUAGUACUGUACACUGGUUUUUUCCCCCUUGUGUUUGCUGUUGCACACUGACUGCUAAGGGUGCAUCCAUUAUAAGCAUUGAAUACUCCAUCCCCUCCCACCCCACAAUGAGUGGAAUGAGAAAAGCCUUCGUCCUUUGCUUUAGGCAGCUGUCACCUUCUCUUCAUUGGUGGUCCUAAGUGGGUCACUUAAGAAAAAAAGUGUAACAGAUUCUCACUCCAUGAACCUGAUUUUUUUAUUCUAUUGUGAAAAAGAAAUUUUUAAAUCUCCAACUUGCUGUUUCCAAAAAGAAGGUGCAAUAUCAUACAUCAUCAAUUAGCAAUAUUAGCAUUUCAAUCAAUGAUUUGAAUGUCGAUGCUUUCUUGUUUUUCCUUUACAUUUCCAGUAAGCUUGUUACAGAAAGUACCUGUGAUUUUUUUUUUUUUUUUUAAUGUUUAGAUUUGUAGUCUAUUUUGAAGAUAUUUGAGUAAUAUAUUUCUAAGAAUACCACUGGUCCCAUGAAGUCUCACUUCUUGGACUUCUACUAGAACAACAUCUGUUACUAACUCGGCUUGACUCCUGAGAUGUGUUCUUUGUUCAAGGUCCCAUAGACAACUAAAUUGAUUUAAGAAAACUGUACUCCUUUUUGUAUUAAUUCACCGGCCAAGCUCAAAUUCUGAAAGUUGUCUAGUUCUUCUUCCCUCAGUAAAUGCGCUUCUCAUCGAAACCCUGUGUCCAGGAUGGAUCAAGUACUGUGAUGGCUCGUGUUCCUUAGACCUGAUUUGCUUUGACGUUUCAUUGUUUUUCCUUUAAAUUUGUGUUUGAAUGAGAAAAGUUUAAUACAACAGGUGUCCAGAAUACUUGCAGUAUAAAUGAAGAUUUGAUUUUUGUAUAAAAAAAAUAAUGCUGUAAAACAGGAAUUGACCUUCAUUUAGUUGAUCUGACAUAAUACAUAGCUGUGUGUUUUUUUUAAAUAGGUUCAUUGACUGUAAUUAAGAUUGUUUAAAGUCAUUUUUUUCUCCAUUGUUUAGAUUCCUCUCAUUCGGUUAGUGUAUUUAGCAUUGUCUGCCUCUUCCUGAUGUCACUGCUUUGUUCGCAAUAGCACAAGCUGCAUAAUUACAAGCAGGACUGUGAUAACUUGCUUCCACCCUCACUCCGCUUUCAUUUGGCUCUGUGUCGGUUUUCUCUUCAGACAGUGUUAACUACUCGUUACUGCCAUGCUGCUUGCCCUCCUUUGAAGUCUCUAUAAGCUCAUCACAGCCUAGAGUUCAGUAAAGUCAAUUCACACAGAAGCACAAUUUUGCCUUUUUCCAGACACUGUUGCCUCUAUCUAGUUAUACAAAUAGGAUUUUGCAUACUUUGUGUUUGCCCGUAGAUUUGUCAAUGCAUCAGAAAUACAUCUUAACAGUAGGAUAACCCCACCUGCUCCUGAUGAAUAAAAACUUAAAGACCAAAAUUAUUGGCAUAAUAAUCAGCUGCAUACAAAUCAUGUAUAGUUUUAAUCUUUUUUUUUAAUUAAAAAAUCAUGUUUAAAGUGGCAAAGGCCCAUCCAUCUUUACAUAGAAUUUUAUAUAGCUUCAAAAAGUUUCUAUCUGUACAGAUCUAACAUAACACUACUACACUCAGUAUUCAUUUUAUUGAAGCAUGCAAGUAAAGCACUUUUUCUAAUUUAUAUAGAGAUACCUACUUAACAAGGCACAUUGUACUAAUAACUAGGAAAAGUAGCUUUUUCUUCCCUCCCUCCAAUUGAAUUCUUGUCAUAAUGUCCCUUUUCCAGUAAAUUUUUGAGAGGCAGUUGGCAAUUUAGGAGGCAGCAGGGUCUGUUUUGGUAAAAUCCCAAGUUUAAUUGUUGCACUCUUGUGACUGAUCUCUCUUUGGGAAUGUCUUUUCUUUGCAUGGGGCUCUUAGAGAUGUGUGCAGUCUUGCUUAUGAAGUGGUUAGUGUGUAAUAGGAGCACACGUGCAUGUGUUCUGAACCAGCUCAGACUAGCCACAGUGAGCAACUUCGUGGCUAGCAGAAGAGGAAGAACAAUUGAUUGAUGCCUGACUGUCUUCACUUGGGUGAUGCACCAGAUAGCAGGCAGAUGUUGGUUGGUUGCCUUCCUCCUCUUUUCUUCUAAAACAAUAUUGGCUUUACCAUCUUAACUCUGCUGUGGGUUUUUUUGGUUUUGUUUUGUUUUUUGCAUAUGAAUUGUCAACUUUGAUUUUUUUUUUUUUAACCACCCCCCCAAAAAAAGUCAAGGCCUCCAGGUAUCAAGAUCUCAUAUUAGGAUUUCCUGUCCUGAAUUUUUUUUCUUAAAGCAAAAUCUGGAAAAUGUGAACACAUGUUUAGAUUUUAUACAGUCUCUGAAAUAUGAUUUGUUAAGAUUUUUAAAUUUGGACCUCUUAUAAUAUUUUGAAUGAGAUCUGCCAACUCACAAGAAUCUUUUUCACAGAUAUCUUUAGGCCUUCCUUCAUUAGGAAGCUGUUUUCCCCCUGUUGGUACAUUUUGUUACCUCAUUUUGCUGUUUCAGAUUAUGAAAGCUUACAGGGGUGUUUUUUGGAAUCAUUUGCUGAGUCGUUUUCUCAAAUCAUAUUCCAUUGUUAUCAGUUAACAUAAUUUUAAAUGUACGUAUUAUAAAUAUCUGUAACCAAAUCAUUUGAAGGCUUGAUAAAUUUUUAACAAAGUUUGUACAUUUUUUAUGAAAGUUACUAGUAAUGCUUUACUAAGUAGUGCAAUGAAUUUUUAUUUUUAAUCCCUGUGCCCAAUUUUGGAGUUGAGAGGGUUGUUGGUAAUAAAUGUAUGAUGUACACUUAAAACAUUUGUUGUCUUUGAUGUUACUGUGUUAGGGAAGGGCAGGGGUUUUAUGUGCUUGUGAGGGGUGAAGAUUCCAGCAGGAAGAUAGAGCUAUUGUGCUACUAGCUGCCGGGUUUAAUUUUUAGACUGUAUUUCAGAUUUUACUUCUACAUUUGUGUAAACAGCUUAGAAACACAAAAGCAACUAGCAUUAUAAAAUAGAGUACAUAUUUAUAUUUUUUAAAAGGCCGAAAAGAUAGCUAAAACUGUAUCCACACAUGUGGUAUAUGCAUAUUAAACAGAGAUACAUACAUAGGUAGAUAACUAGAGUUCUUUCUAUAUAUGUUAACCAUAUGAUGCAGGACACAAGAUUACAGUAGUUAACUGGGCAAAUUUGCCCACGUUAGCCACAGUUUAUGUCAAACUUUUGUCAAUGUAAUUUGGAAAGGGGAGUCUGCUUGUCAUUUUCAUACAUGUUUGUAUAAUUGCUUUCCUUUGACUUGAAAAGGAAGAAAAUAAAAACCCACUACUUAUAUACAUGCUGACUGUGUUACUUGAGAAGGAAAAGUAGAAAAAAAAAAAUACAAAGAAAUAAUAGAUUCCAAUUCUCUUCCCUAAUUUGGGAAGGUCAUUCUUUGGCUUAAGGGAAAGUGAUGUGCUCUGGCUGGCUCCAGUACUCAAUUAACAAGAGCUCUGAGGCAGUCAGAAAAUUGACCAAGUCCUGAAUUUUUCCCCUCAUUUUUGUCGCCUGCUUGAAAGAGUACUUGUAUUAGACUUCGAGUAUCUCAGUUGGACCGUUCCAUCACACCUUAUAUAAAAGAAUUAAAAUGCAUCAAAGACCUAAAUGUAAGAGUUAAAAAUAUAAAUGUCUUAGGAGAAAACAGGACUAAAUCUUUUUGACCUUGGAUUCGGUAAUAGUUUCUUAGUAAU